AUGAAGUCCGGACCAUGCUUCAUCUCGCUGAUCGAUCACAAUGAUCGACCAUUGCUGAUUCAUGUAGCCAAAUCUGAAAACCGCGAGAUCGAAAACGUGUUCAAAUUUAACACUUUUUCCAACAUAGCUUUGGACUACUUCGGAAGUGACCUAUAUGAAUGGACGAACACAAGUCAGGAAAGUCGCGACAUUAAAGACCUAUUCCAGCUCGAAGGUGUUAGCGUGUAUGGGAAAUUGAUCAAACAGACCGGUUUGAAAAUCGUGGUGGGAUUUUGGAGUAGUUCUGAGCACACUGACGAAACGCUUGAAAAUGUGUUUGGCGAUAUUUCAAGGUUGUAUAUAAAAUGCAAGUUCAAUCCAUUCUUGAACAGCGAUGAAGACCUGAUGGAGCAGUUACAAAAGAAAUUUGACGAGAAAUUUUAG